GUUGCUUUCACUUCUCAUUGUCCCGGGGUUUCAUCAAAACCGCACUCCCUUCCGAUUCCGACACCGCUCUCCCAUCAGCCCCUCAACCCGACCCGAUUUCAAACCUCUCACAUAGAUCCGAUCCAAUUCACUGAUCCUCCGCAAAAUUCAAAUCCCCGGGCGACUCCAGCUCACUCCAAUUCUUCCGUUCAACGCCGCUGUCUCGCCGGAGCUUCUUCCCUCGGCUUCCGAAGACUCAAUUCUCUCGCUGCUCAUCAGUUCUCAGCUCAAAUUUCUCUGCGUGCGGCGUCUUUUCGGUUCCAGCUAGCAACGAAGGGCUGCUCGAUUGGAGAUGACGUCGGGGACGCGAAUGCCGACGUGGAAGGAGAGAGAGAACAACAAGAGAAGAGAGAGGAGGCGGAGGGCCAUAGCGGCGAAGAUCUUUGCCGGCCUGAGAUUGUACGGCAACUACAAGCUCCCCAAGCACUGCGACAACAAUGAGGUCCUCAAGGCUCUCUGCGACGAAGCCGGUUGGACCGUCGAAUUGGACGGCACCACUUACCGCAAGGGAUGCAAGCCGGUCGAACAGAUGGACGUGAUGGGUGGAUCCACAUUAGCUAGCCCAAGCUCGUCUUUCCUCCAAAGUAAUCGUGCUUCCUACAAUCCAAGCCCAGGCUCUUCCUCCAUCCCUAGCCCAACAUCAUCUUCCUAUGCUGCUAACCAGAAUGCUGAUGGCAGAUCCCUUAUCCCAUGGCUCAAAAAUCUCUCCUCUGCAUCCUCUUCAGCCUCCUCUUCCAAACUACCGAACCUCUACAUCCAUGGUGGCUCUAUCAGUGCUCCUGUUACCCCUCCAUUAAGCUCCCCAACUGCCAGGACACCGAGAAUGAGAACUGACUGGGAUGACCAGUCUGCUCGGACAGGCUGGGCUGGGCAGCAAUUCCCCUUCCUGCCAUCUUCUACUCCACCAAGCCCUGGACAGCAGAUUGUUCCUGAUCCAGAAUGGUUUGCUGGGAUUCCGGUUCCCCGUGGACCCAAUUCUCCAACAUUCAGCCUUGUCUCUUCAAACCCAUUUGGGUUUAAGGACGAGGUUUUAGCCGGUGCUGGAUCCCGCAUGUGGACUCCCGGGCAAAGUGGGACAUGUUCUCCUGCCAUUGCAGCUGGCUCUGAUCACACUGCUGACAUCCCCAUGUCCGAGGUGAUUUCUGAUGAGUUUGCAUUUGGAUGCAAUACAACAGGGCUGGUUAAGGCAUGGGAAGGAGAGAAGAUUCAUGAAGAGUGUGGAUCCGAUGACCUGGAGCUCACUCUUGGGAGCUCAAGAACAAGGUAAAGGACUGCACAAAGCGAAUUUGUAUCAUGUUACGUCGCAUCUAAAGGACUGCGCAAAGUGAAGAUCACUUGUUAUAGAACGAACUUUAAUUCCUUGUCUGUGCUAUUCCAGAUAAAAGGGAGAGAAAAAGGAAUCAAGGUGAGUUUAACCCGUCACUCCUUUCUAUUUAUUUUUUAAUUCUUCGUUUCCUAAUGUUUGUCCGGAGUCAUAUUUAGUUAGUCAUUUUGAGGUGCUGAAUGGUUAUACAACCCUUUGGUCAUUGUUUCUUAGAACAACCUAAGUUUGAUUGGAAGGAAUCCAUGUACAUGUAUGAAUUGGCUGCUGCCUGUGGUUUCCCAUUGAAAUUACUGUUCAACGACCAAAGGGGAUUUAGGCUAUAGCUCAAUUGCCAAACCUUUUUCCAAGAGUGAAUAGAUUUAUAGUGCUCUCUUCCA